AAAAUGGCGGAGUCGGAGGAGGAGGUGGACGUCUUGGUCCAAAGAGUUGUCAAAGACAUCGCCAACGCAUUUAAGAGGAACCCCAACAUUGAUGAGAUUGGUGUGAUUCCAUGUCCAGAGGCCCGCUACAACCGCAGUCCCAUUGUGUUGGUGGAAAACAAGCUGGGUGUUGAGAGCUGGUGUGUCAAGUUUCUGCUGCCAUAUGUCCACAACAAGUUGCUGCUCUACCGCCAACGCAAACACUGGUUAGACAGGGAAGCUUUAGUGGAUAUCACCUGCACUCUGUUGCUGCUCAACCCAGACUUUACCACUGCAUGGAAUGUCAGAAAGGAAUUGUUGCAGUGUGGAGUUCUUCACCCAGAGAAGGACCUCUACCUGGGCCAGCUGGCCCUUACCAAAUUCCCCAAGAGCCCAGAGACGUGGAUACACAGACGCUGGGUGCUGCAGCAGAUUCUGGAUCAGUUCCUUGCUGUGGGCCACAACAAGAAUCAGGAGCAGCAGGGUGAAGCAGAGCAGGCUAAUGCAGAGAGGAGCCAACAGCUCAGUGACCAUCUGGCCAGGACUCUCCACCAAGAGAUGAGGGUAUGCUCUGAUGCUGCCUGCCGCUAUCCCAGCAACUACAAUGCCUGGUCCCAUCGCAUCUGGGUGCUGCAGCACAUGGCCAAGGGCAAUGGCAAAGUUUUCCAUGAUGAGCUCUCUUCUAUGCGCCUGUGGGUGUCCAUGCAUGUGUCUGACCACAGUGGCUUUCACUACCGCCAGUUCCUGCUCCAGGAGCUGAUCACUGAGCACUACCAGACUCCAGCUUCUGCCACCAUCAAUGGUUCAUCCCAGCACUGGUCCAGCACAGUCCCCAGCAGCAGUCCCCACCAACACAGCUGCACUCAAACUAAUGGGGAGUUGUCAGGUGCUGAGGCAGCAAGUGAGGAUGAUGGACAGCUCAGCUUCACCACAGUCCUUCAGCUUUUUCAACAAGAGAUAGAACUGUGCUCAGACCUGAUUCAGUCCUUUCCUGGGCAUGAAACACUCUGGAGUCACAGGCGACAUGUCUUCUACUUGUGGAACCAGUGGAAGAGGGAGCAACAGCAUCAGUGCAGUAGCAGAGGAGACAACAAGUCAAUCCACCUCAAUGACUCUGAUCCAGGCAUGUCGGAGGUCAGCCCUCAAAGCUAUGCAGGCCGGGAGGAGAGUGUAAAUGGUCAGAGGCAUGCCAGUGAACCUAUGGAGGUAGACAGGGUGUCCUUGCCAAACCCACAUGACAGCAAGCGACUGAAGAGAGGCGUCCUGCUGCCCGGCACCCUCACCCUGACCUCUGAGCACAGCUUUGUAAACAGUAUUUUGGACAGCUGCUGUAACCCUGAGCAGAGACGCUUCGCCGUGGCAUACAAGAAGUGGUUAGACACUGUUAUUGGCCUGCAGUCUUGAGAGAGCGAACAGUUGGCCCCAUCCUUUCUCAACACUCAAGUUGCCUUUAGACUUAGAUUUAGGAUCAGCUUACCUUCCUGUAGUGCUGAUUUGAAUUUAUUGUACUUCAAAUGCAGUGGUGACUUUAAAAACCAGUCAUGGGGCAGCCUAUUUACUGUCCUAUCCUCCUGACAGGAGGUAGAGAGGAUGAGGAUAGGAUCUUUUUCCUCAGAAAUAUCUGGAUUCUCUUGAGCUUCAUCUGAGCCAGUACCCCUUCAGAAUGGAAAUCUGCCCACCGUGUGUCUGUUAGUAGAUUCUUUUCUUAUUUCAGGUGUUUCAAUGCCUCAGGUUGAGUUCCCUCAUUUUAUUUUAUUGCCAGCAGGUGUUCUUCUGCACACCUUACUUCAUUUCUGUUCAAGGAUUUCAGCAAAGAAAUGAAACGAAGCUGCCACAGAUGCAGGGACAAUGUCAGCUUUGAGAGCAGAACAGAGUUUACAUUCUGUUUGACUUAUUCAAAUAAAAUUGUUGGACAAGACAUUAUACAUUACUGAAUAAAACAUAUAAAGGAAUGAAUAGAAUGUGAACCUGUUUUAAUAUUUCAAAACUUGUUAAACCUCCCUUUUACAAAUCUAUUGUCUCUGGUAGCAAAAGCUCUUUAAAGAAAAGUUACAUGUACAUGUUUUGGAGGGGAAAACUGCAAUUAUGAAAUAAAGAUAUAUUUUUUAAAGGG